AUGCCGUACGGAAAGGUCGACGAGCUCGCCAUCAACACCAUCCGCACCCUCGCGGUCGAUGCCACAUUUCAGGCCAACUCAGGUCACCCGGGUGCCCCUAUGGGCAUGGCCCCGGUGGCUCACGUCUUGUUCAACAAGUUCAUGACUUUCAACCCCAAGAACCCUGACUGGGUUAACCGCGACCGCUUCGUUCUAUCGUACGUAUUUCUCUCCAGUUUUCGAGACUUUUCAGCUUCAUGGAGUUUUGCCAUUGAGUGGUGGCCGAUAGCGGAGCGCGGGCUCUGGCAAGCUUCCAGCAUUUCCGGUGUUGCGGAGCUUGUUGAGCUUGAUUUUCCAACAAACGGCCACGGAUGCAUGCUCCAGUAUGCUCUGAUCCACCUUUUCGGCUACAAGGUCUCUAUCGACGACCUGAAGAACUUCCGUCAAGUCGACUCCAUCACACCCGGUCACCCCGAGGCACAUGACACCCCCGGUAUCGAGGUCACCACCGGCCCUCUCGGCCAGGGUUUCGCCAAUGCCGUCGGUCUGGCCAUGGCCCAGGCACACACUGGUGCCGUCUUCAACAAGCCCGGCUUCGAGCUGAUCAACAACCACACAUACAUGUUCUUCGGCGAUGGCUGCGCUAUGGAGGGUAUUGCCAGCGAGGCUGCCUCAAUGGCUGGUCACUUGAAGCUCGGAAACCUCAUUGCCAUCUACGAUGACAACCACAUCUCCAUUGACGGUGACACCAAGUGCGCCUUCACUGAGGACGUCCUCAAGCGAUUCGAGUCCUACGGAUGGCACACUCAGCACGUCGCGGACGGUGACUCUGACCUCGAGGGCAUUGAGAAGGCUAUCGCCGAGGCCAAGAAGGUCACCGACAAGCCCUCCGUCAUCAAGCUCACCACCACCAUUGGUUUCGGUUCCAAGCUCCAGGGUACUGGAGGUGUCCACGGAAACCCCCUCAAGGAGGACGACAUGAAGCAGGUUAAGAAGCAGUUCGGCUUUGACCCCGAGAAGAUGUUCGUCGUUCCCCAGGAGGUUUACGACAUGUACCACAAGCACGCCGCCGAGGGCGCUGCUGCUGAGGAGGAGUGGAACAAGCUGUUCCAGAAGUACGGCCAGGAGCACGGUGACCUGCACAAGGACCUCGCACGCCGAUUGACCCGCGACCUGCCCGAAGGCUGGGAGAAGUCUCUCCCCACCUACAAGCCCAGUGACUCCGCUAUUGCAUCAAGAAAGCUGUCCGAGAGCGUUCUUGAGGCCAUCUACAACGUCGUCCCUGAGCUCGUCUCCGGAUCCGCAGAUUUGACUGGCUCCAACAACACUCGGUGGAAGAAGGCCGUCGACUUCCAGCCUCCGGAUCUUGGUAUUGGAGAGUGGGCCGGUCGUUACAUCAGGUACGGUGUCCGUGAGCACGCCAUGGCCGCUGUCAUGAACGGCAUGUCUGCGUACGGUACCAUCAUCCCUGCCGGAGGAACUUUCCUCAACUUCGUCUCAUAUGCUGCCGGUGCCGUCCGUCUGUCUUCCCUCUCACACCAGCGCGUCCUCUACGUCGCAACCCACGACUCCAUCGGUCUUGGCGAGGAUGGCCCGACCCAUCAGCCUAUCGAGACUCUUGCUCACUUCCGUGCUCUGCCCAACAUGAUGGUCUGGCGCCCGGCUGACGGUAACGAGACCUCGGCCGCAUACUACAUGGCGCUCACCUCCAAGGGCACCCCAUCCAUCCUUGCACUUACCCGCCAGAACCUGCCCCAGCUUGAGGGCUCAACUCUGGAGAACGGUAUCAAGGGUGGAUACACGGUCCUUGAGAACGAGGGUGCGCAGAUCACCCUCGUCUCCACUGGAUCCGAGGUCUCCCUCUGCUUGGACGCCGUCAAGACCCUCAAGGAGCAGGGUAUUGUCGCCCGUGUCGUCUCGAUGCCUUGCACAGAGGUCUUCGACGCACAGCCCAAGGAGUACCAGCUCAAGACCAUCCCAGGCGGCAUUCCCGCCUUGUCUGUUGAGGUCAUGUCCACACUCGGAUGGGAGAAGUACUCGCACGAGCAAUUCGGUCUCAACCGAUUCGGUGCCUCCGGCCCAUACAAGGAGGUCUAUGCGAAGUUCGAAUUCACCCCAGAGGGCAUUGCCAAGCGCGCCAAGCUCACCAUCGACUGGUACAAGGACGUCAAGCCUCUCCGCUCUCCUCUGGACCGUGCGUUCCAGCAGCUCAUCUAAGCGUUUGCAGUGUUUGGAGCGUAUCUGGCUGUGAGGAGACUUUGUGUUAUGAAACUAUGAAAUAUGACGCUUUAGCCCUAGGUAUCACGAAAUGGAAAAAGUGACGCUUUGGAAAUUAAAUAGAA